AUGCAACUACAUUCACUUAUCGCUUCAACCGCAUUCUUAAUAACGUCAGCUCUAGCUGCUACUUCUUCUUCUUCCAGCAUACCCUCUUCCUGUACUAUAAGCUCGCACGCUACGGCUACGGCUCAGAGUGACUUAGAUAAAUAUAGCCGCUGUGACACAUUGGUGGGGAACCUAACUGUCGGUGGUGGUUUAAAGACUGGUGCUUUGGCUAACGUUAAAGAAAUUAAAGGUUCUCUAACAAUAUUCAAUGCUACAAACCUAACCUCGUUCGCUGCUGAUUCCUUGGAGUCUAUCACAGAUUCUUUGAAUUUGCAAAGCUUGACAAUCCUGACUUCCGCAUCAUUCGGGUCUUUACAAAACGUUAAUAGUAUAAAUCUGAUUACUCUACCCGCAAUCUCUGCUUUCACUUCUAAUAUCAAAUCUGCUAACAACAUUUAUAUUUCCGACACUUCGCUGCAAUCCGUUGAUGGCUUUUCUGCCUUAAAAAAAGUUAACGUGUUCAACGUCAAUAACAACAAGAAAUUAACCUCGAUCAAAUCUCCCCUUGAAACAGUCAGCGACUCUUUACAAUUUUCGUUCAAUGGUAACCAGACUAAAAUCACUUUCGAUGACUUGGUUUGGGCAAAUAAUAUUAGUUUAACCGACGUUCAUUCUGUUUCCUUUGCCAGCUUACAAAAGAUUAACUCCUCAUUGGGUUUCAUCAACAAUUCCAUCUCUAGUUUGAAUUUCACUAAGCUAAGCACGAUCGGCCAAACCUUCAGUAUUGUUUCCAAUGAUUACUUGAAGAACUUGUCGUUUUCUAACUUGUCAACCAUAGGUGGUGCCCUUGUUGUUGCUAAUAACACUGGUUUACAAAAAAUUGGUGGCCUCGACAACCUAACAACCAUUGGCGGUACCUUGGAAGUUGUCGGUAAUUUCACCGUCUUGAACCUAAACUCUUUGAAGUCUGUUAAGGGUGGAGCAGAUGUCGAAUCAAAGUCAAACAAUUUCUCCUGUAAUGCUUUGAAAGCUUUGCAAAAGAAGGGGGGUAUUAAAGGUGAAUCUUUUGUUUGCAAAAAUGGUGCAACGUCAACAUCUGUUAAAUUAUCAUCCACCUCCAAACCCCAAUCAAGUAAAACUACUUCCAAAGCUUCCAAGUCAUCUUCUAAGGCUGAAGAAAAAAAGCUAACUUCUGGCAAUAUCAAGGCUGCUGCUUCUGCCUCUAGUGUUUCUAGCUCCAGCGCUUCUAGCUCUAGCGCUUCCAGCUCUAGUUCUAAGAGUUCCAAAGGCAAUGCCGCUAUCAUGGCACCAGUCGGUCAAACAACCACUUUGAUUGGUCUUUUGACGGCAAUGAUCAUGUCCCUAAUGUGA